AUGAACACCCGAGUGUACGCGUAUAUAAUUCUAGUCAGUAUAAACUAUAGUAGUUGGGGGGAGAUGUGGGCGUGCGCGAACUGUGUGAACGGUGAGCUGAGUGUCGCGCAGCUGACCGAGGUCAGGAUAGAGUUCGUUAAGCAGCAGAUAUUGAGGAAAUUGAGGUUAAGUAAGAAGCCUUCGGUGGCUGUGCCAGUGAACAGCCUCCCGAUGCCAGUUGCACAGGGGCAGACGCUGAACCAGGGGGUGGAUAAACCCCCAGAGUUCGACGAUUACUACGGCAGGACCGAACAGAAGAUCAUUUUUCCUGUUGAAGGCGAAUGUCUUACGUCGGGGCGUUACCCGUUCACUUGUCUCCAGUUUGAACUACCGCCUGACGUCGAGCCAGAAGAAGUUACUGUCGUCGAGUUAUGGUUCUACAAGGAACAAGAUCCUCUUGACGAAUACAACCAGACGUUCGUUAUAUCUGAAGCAGCACAUUGGGACAGCCAGCAGCAAUUUAAGAAGACUAAGCCAAUUGCGAUCAAGGAGACAGAUAUUGGAGAAGGUUGGGUGAGAGUAGAGCUGGCCUGGGCUGUGAGGGUAUGGUUGGAAGGCCGAGAGAGGUUUCACACGUUGCAUGUCGCUUGUAGGACUUGUCAGUUACGGCGAUCGCCUCUCUCUUUCCACGAAAAACGUCGUCCCUUCCUGGUUCUCUAUACCAAGUAUGCUGGCAAGCGUCGACGCGGCAGGACUUUGGAGUGUGGAGCCACGACCAGCGAAUGCUGCAGGGAACCUCUCUACGUCAGCUUUAAGGAGCUAGGCUGGGAUGACUGGAUCAUUCGACCAGCCGGCUACCAUGCCUACUUCUGCAAAGGAUCUUGUGCCCCUAUAUCAGCAGUGACGCAAGCAGAUAGCUAUCAUCAUAAUAUCAUACGAAAAUACUUCUACUCAGUUUCAAAAGAGCGUAAGGCGGAAUUCAAACCCUGCUGCGCUCCUACUACCUUCAGUUCGCUACAGUUACUUUACAUGGAUUCUAAUAAUACAGUGACUCAGAAGACUCUACCCAAUAUGGUGGUUGAGUCGUGUGGGUGUAUGUGA